GCGGCUUCCUGCUUCCGGCCGACGUGUCCCUCAGGAAGAGGAGCGGGUGAGAGCACAGCGACAUGGCACCUCCAGCCCCGGGCCCGACCUCCGGCGGCUCCGGGGAGGUGGACGAGCUGUUCGACGUGAAGAACGCCUUCUACAUCGGCAGCUACCAGCAGUGCAUCAACGAGGCGCAGCGGGUGAAGCCAUCGAGCCCGGAGAGAGACGUGGAAAGGGAUGUCUUCUUGUACAGAGCAUACCUUGCACAGAGGAAGUACGGAGUGGUCCUGGAUGAGAUCAAGCCCACCUCAGCCCCCGAGCUCCAGGCUGUGCGCAUGUUCGCCGAGUACCUGGCCAGUGAGAGCCAGAGGGACACAAUUGUUGCUGAGCUGGACCGAGAGAUGAGCAGGAGUGUGGAUGUGACCAACACCACAUUCCUGCUAAUGGCAGCUUCUAUCUACUUCCACGACCAGAACCCGGACUCUGCACUGCGCGCCCUACACCAGGGGGAUAGCCUGGAGUGCAUGGCCAUGACGGUGCAGGUUCUGCUGAAGCUGGACCGCCUGGACCUUGCCCGGAAGGAGCUGAAGAAAAUGCAGGACCAAGAUGAGGACGCCACCCUCACCCAGCUGGCCACCGCCUGGGUCAACCUGGCUGUGGGUGGUGAGAAGCUGCAGGAUGCCUACUACAUCUUCCAGGAAAUGGCCGACAAGUGCUCAUCCACCUUGCUGCUGCUCAAUGGGCAGGCGGCGUGCCACAUGGCCCAGGGUCGCUGGGAGGCAGCUGAGGGCGUGUUGCAGGAGGCACUGGACAAGGACAGUGGUCACCCAGAGACGCUGGUCAACCUCAUCGUCCUGUCCCAGCACCUAGGCAAGCCCCCUGAGGUGACAAACCGCUACCUGUCCCAGCUGAAGGAUGCCCACAGGUCCCACCCCUUCAUUAAGGAGUACCAGGCCAAGGAAAACGACUUUGACAGGCUGGUGCUACAUUACGCACCCAGCGCCUGAGGCUGGCCCCGGACGCCAUUUCCACAGCGCGGAGGUGAGGCCCAGCUGUGCUGCCUUCCGCACUGGCCACUGGCCCUUGUCCACUCUCCCUCCCUCUGGCCAGAGGCAGAGGCUGGAAACCCAGCCCCCUUCUGUCAAUAAACUUCUCCACUCCAGGUAUCCCCACUUA